UUGUUGCUUGAACACUAACAGGAGUGCGACUAUACCAAGGUGUUUCCAGCGUCCCAAAUGCUUCAGGCGCAGGCAGGGUGCCUGUUCCGGCACCCCCUCUUUUCCGACUGAGCACACCCUGAACCCUUAAACUAGUCUGCUAACCCAGGCCCAGUAUUAGUACGAUACAUUCUUACCCUGCGCAUAUUGGGUUACUGAGCGGCUACGCUGGCGAUAACUGCGGUGCAAUUAGGCAAUAGACCUUUCAUGCGCAGGUGCUAGUGCCAACGACCUCACGAGCUUCCAGCCAGUAGGUCGGCCCAGUAUACCUGCCCCCACUUAAAUGGCGGGACUGGAGGCGGCGAGAGCCUCGCGACUGAUGGCCAGUGAAGCUCGUAAUCGUUUUCCGCGCCUGUGCACGAAAACGACAACUGGUUACAAGCUCGCCAUGCUGGUGUACCCUGACCCUGUCGCUGGGACAGGGUCCAAACAUGUUUUUGUGCGCCCGCCUGCCGCGCUGGGCGGUGGUGGAAGCCACGGCUGCUGGCCCACCACCGCCUUCCAGGCCCUGCUGGUGGCGUCCGAGUACUGCGCCGCAGUGCAGGAGCUGCUGGCCUGGGCGUUCCCCUCCCCCACGUGGGACCUGUACAAGCCCGUGGUGGCGCAGUGUGCCGCCGACUUCAUCUCCUCCGCUGCACCCGUGCCGCCGCCCGUCGUCGUUCCGGGUCUGGACCCCGUGCUGCUGCACUGCAGCCACUCGCUGUGGUCCAACUUCACCUUCCUUUACUUCCACGGCACACGGGACCUGAACCUGGAGGGGCUGGGCACGGAGACGCGGCAGGCGGCACAGUGGCUGAAGCGCCUGGUGGGAGACCGGGGCUGGGCGCCGGAUGGGCAGGUCUUCAGCGCAGCGCGCAGCUGGGCUGAGCGCACUAGGGAUCGCCUCACUCACGUGUGCAUGAGCAUCCCGGGCAUCGACACGCCCCUGCCCUCCACCGGUGGCGGCACGCCGGUGGAGGUGGAGGCGCUGCAUCGGCGCACGUGGGCUGCCGGCUGUCAGGAGCGCAAGGUGGAUGACACAACCAGCAACGAUAAGCCCUACAGGGCCAUGUUCCCACUGCGCAUCACCAACGAUGGCGGCAAGGACAAAGCCAACCGCCUUCGUUUCACGAUGCUGAACCAGGAGAUCCCGCGUCGAAUGGUCAACACUCGCUGCGGGUUAUUGCCUGAGGGCUUCACUCCAACGAAGAACUGCACGCUGGGCUUCCUCGUCCUGUCGGAUGUCAUUCAGGCCUUUGAGCAGUCGUACCCAAACUGGAAUGCCAGCAAAGAGCGCCAGGAUCCUAUGGGGCACACGGACGAAGAGCUAACGGUCCUUGGUUUCUACGGCAACGUUAUCAUUCGCGACACCAACCCGCUGUCCGGCGUACAUGGCGUUCAGCGCUACGCGCACAUCCUGGCCGGCUGCUGCCAGGGCUGGGCGGUGGCGCUAGAGCAGGCGCGGGGCUGGGUGAACGCGGCGGCGGCGGCCCUGCCGGACGCGGUGGAGGUUGCGACCAGCUGCACGCCGCCUCAGCUGGUGCUGCCCGCCAGCCUGACGCCGGCGGUGAUCCAGGCCAUGGCGGCCGUGGUGCAGCAGGUGCCGGUGGCGGCGCAGCCGCAGCCCCAGCCGCCUCAGCCCCAAGUCCCGCAGCCGCAGCCGCAGCUACAGCUUGCCACGGCAAUAUUGCAGUCACCAGCGCAACAGCAGCAGCCGCAGCACUCAUCAGUGCCAUUACUGCCGCAUCUCACGGUGCAGCUGCCCGGUGCGGCGUCCAGCAGUCCGGUGCCCUCACCUUGCGCCACCGGCCCCACCACGGACGGCUCGGGCGGCUCGGGCGCCGGAGGCAGCAAAUGCCGCUCGCCCUUCGCGCUGCAGCAGCAGCUGACGCAGCGGCACCAACAUGGCCAGCAGCAGCUGCCAUGGCCGGGGCAAACAGAAGCACUCGUGCUCUCUCCAGCAAGUACUGGUGCGGCGAGAGGCCCCAGCACGCAGCCGCCUGGGCUGCCGCCUCCAUCGCCAUCUGCGGUUGUGGCGGGCAGGAUGGGCAGCUUGUCGUUGGAGUCAGAGACGAUCGGCGAGUCGACAAUGAACGCGUUGGCUCGGGACCUGGCGGAGACGGCGGCGGGGCUGAUGGACGCGGAUGCGGCUGACGGGGGCUACGGGGAGGCGGCGCCGCCGCCACCAACCGCAGUCAUAGGCGCGGCCCUUGUGGCGCCGCCCGCCACUAGCAAGGCUAUCGGCGCUUCGGCAUGUGCCGCACAGCCGUCACCGGCACCCGAGCCCAGCCACGCCUCACCGGCCGGCUCCCGGCCGCCCGCUGCUGUGGAUCAGGUGACGCAGGCUCUGGGCCUGCUGAGCGGCGCCGCGGGCAUGUUGGAUCCGUGCAUGCAGGGGCGGCUGGGGGUGCUGCUUCAGGAGCUCGCGGGCCUGCAGGCGGACAUUGUGCACACGCAGCAGCCGCCAGCAGGCGGAGCGGAGCGGGGCUGAUCAGCCGUAGAGGGCCCGGCGGAGAGAGAUGCGGAGAGCCUGACGGCGGCGCCGGCACUCAUCAGAGCCCGGCGGCAGUGGUGCGGGCCUUUCGGCUCCGCCGCCGCGGCUGCUGCUGGAACUAGGCCCCGUGCACAGCCAGGCUGGGCGGGGCUCUAGCGACCAGUGACGCUGCCGCCAAUGCGCGGUAGAUGGCAAUGGCACUGGCUGUGCGUUAGGGGAGAGUUGGGUAGUGCGUAGGGCGGAGUGGCAGCUGUGCACAUGAGGGCGUGCCCCUGGUAUCCUGCCAGUGCACUAAGGCAAUAUGUUAUGUCGCUGCGAAGGUCACAUUCGCGUGGCGGCUGGGGUGUUGUGUAUUGCCGACAGUGUUAGGCACCGGCGGUGUGCUGUUGCAGUUGGCUGCUGCUUCUGCCAGGGGUGCUGUUGCUUCUGCCGAAGUGUGUGCUAGGGGCCGUUAAGAGCUCAGCGGCCGAGGGUAAGGGUUCAUCAUGUGCGUGCUCAUAUCCAAGCGCUUCACUUUCCUGGGUUCGCUGUGUCUCCCUGCUGCGAUCAGUGCGACGUGAGCGGUGAGCAUAAGGAUGCGACAUUGCUGGUUGCUACAAUGACGGGCUCCUGGAACAGUAUGAACCACACAAUGGGGCCGAACGAAGUAAGACACCCGUAUCGACAACAUGCUAUGCAAACCGAAGCCACGUUGCGUCCUCGUGUACAUCUGGGCCUGUCCUAAGCACUCCUGACUCGCUCAUGCAUGGAACUGGUCAUUGUCGAAGAUGGAUGCGAUACUGCCCUGCCUAACCUACAACACAAUGAUGACCAGGGCCCAGUUGAGUUCCAUUCGCCUGCUGUUCAACCUAGCACCUGCCAAAUACAAAGGACGCGCAUCCUGCUACAGCAGCAUCCUCUGUAACCGAAUCGAAUGCUAGGCCUCAACAGCGCAUCAAGCCAGCCAGCGAGCUGCACUUCUUUUGCG